UUCUUCAAAAACCCGGAAAUAAACAUUAACACGUUCACUGUAGUCUGUCAGUCUGUUAGAGCUAACGCUACAUAAAGCGUAGCCUAUAAACAUGUCUUUCAAACGAGAAGGCAAUGACUCAAGUCAACUGAAUAUUCUGAAGAAACGACGUGUUGCAGAUCUCCUAUCUAACUUUAUUCCAGAAGACGAAGCAGCCUUGUUGAAAAAUGGAAGAUACACUUGCCUUGUGUGCUCCUACCGUCCUGUUUUUGAUACAGUUGACAUGCUAACAGUACACCGGAAGGGUAAACGGCAUCUUGAAGGAAUUAAGUGGUAUUAUGGACAGAAAAAACUACUGCAAAAUGAAAUAGCAAAAAGGCAGCAUCAGGACUAUAUUCUAGCUGAGGACAGUAGACAGGAACCUUCCUGUUUAGCCCCCCUUCUGACACAGACACGCAAGAUUGCCCAUCAUGCCUUACUGAAAACUGCACCCUACAACAGUUGCCAUAAAAAGACCAGCACAAAGUCUGAAAAAGGGCCAGCAAAUUCAGGCUCUGAGAUUAAUAUCAGCCCUUCCAGCACAACAUCAUCACCUCAGCACCAAACAAUAGAGCAACCCUCAAUUAAUGCAGCCUACAGCACACCAACAGUUAAUCAGGGAUUGUGUCCAUCUGAGAGGAAAAAUGAGUCGAAGACAUCAGAUCCAACAGUGUCCCAUGAGUCUGAACAAUUAACAGCCCAGAGAAGACGAGAGUUGGAGCAUUAUCUAAAGUUGAAAAGUGCAGGGUGGCUGCAGGAUCGAAGUGGUCAGUGGGUGAAGGAUGAGAAUGUGGAGUUUGAUUCAGAUGAAGAGGAACCUGCUCCUGUACCGUCUUCCCCCGGUGACUCAACCAAUAACAGACCAGACGACCAGCCUUGACAUUACCGUUAGUGAUUCCAAAAGCCCAUUGGAGGGAAAAUCAGCUAAAACUACUGUGUUUUUUAAAUAAUAUAUGACCAGAAGAUGAUAAAAAACAACAACAACCAUUUUUGUAUUGACCCUAGAAAAUAAACUGUUGUAAAGUGUUAACAAAGAUUGUUGCAAGAUGAUCACAGUGACUUUCCACCUGGCAAACACUGUUGCCACCUGCCAGCAACUAUUUUCAGUCCCUUUUGUGUCCUACUCUUUCUCCUAUUGUAUUUUGUCCCAACACCUUCAAACUACGCCCCCUGUCAGUUAGCUAUAAAUCAGCUAGUCAUCAGAUGGCCAAUAUAGUUGCUAAUUUAGGUUGUGGAGCCACCGGUUAACAUUUUUCGGAAGGUUAUUACUCAUAUCACCAGUUGGUUUGAAUUCGAUAUCCCUGGGUUCAGUUAGGGUUGUGUGGACUUCACAUAAGUUAGAAAUUGAUAAUGUGUCAAAGUCGCUCUGUCCUUUUGGAACUCAGCAUGUGAUUGUCUCAGGAUGUAGAAUAAUGUCUUAUUGAUCUGUUAUCUGUCUAAGCUAACUUUUAUGAAUGGGUUGGUUUAAAAAACAAAAAACAGGAUGGUGUAAACUUUUUAAGCAAAUACUGUGAAUGAUUGUUAAUGACUGAUGUAUCUUUGGACAUGCACAAACUGACUGGUUUGUGUGUGGUAUAAAUCAAUACAAUUACCUUUGAUUUUCUAAUACUCUCCAUAUAUGAUUGCUAACCAGAAACUUUGAACUUACCUGAAACGGAUCGUUCCCGGGCACCUCUCAGCUGGGUAGUUGAUAAAGUAGGUCAAGCACAACAUAGUCUGCAUGUUAUCCUGCAUUUAGUCUCCAUAAAUAUACCUGUUUUUUCCUGUGCUACAAUUAUCAAAGGAAAAAUACCUCCUAAAAUAAAUUAUGGUAUGGCAAUACUGAACUUAAAUCAUUGAACACUGGUUUCUAUGCCAAGUGUCACCAUGUAAACAAGACAAUGCAACCAUGAUCCAUGCAAGACUGCAUGUGAAAAUCAUCUGCCGCUUGCAUAAAGAAGGAUGUUCUUGAAAGUCAAAUGUUCAAAGCCUGUGGAUUCCUUUAGGACUGUGAAAAUCCUCAAAGGUUAGCAGCUGUUUCUUCAUGAGUUCAUCAUUUUUAUGUUGGCAACUUGCGCAUGUCCCUCACUGCUCCAGAGCUGUGAAAAGUUGUUACAUAUAUUUGGAACUGGGAAACUCAAGCCCAGAGGACUGAGUUACAUAGACAGGACAGUGGCUUGGGGGUAUAUGGUGAGAGGGUUGUAAAAAUAGGUCAGGUGCUGGGGGUGCACACCAGGAGGACUGAGGAAAUUAAGAGUGAACUGAUUUAGAGGUAAAGGGAUUACAACAAAUUAACUUUGAUUUUUUCAGGCCCAUAAGUACCAUACUUGAGAUCUUACAUCGUUUUCCUUCUGAACCAAAAAUGUUAAACAAAGAAGGUAUCAUUUUGUUUUGGAACAGAUAAACAAGAAAUGUAUAGAUGGUUUGGCAGUGGUUUGUUAUAUGUUUAUGAAGCCAUGCAGUCAGACCACAUUAUUCAAA